AUGAAGACCACCGCCAUUAUUUGCGCCGUCCUGGCCACCAGUGCCAUCGCUCAGCCUCACCAGCAUGGCCACAAGCGCCAUGUUCACGGUAAACAUCAGAAGCGCGCCCUCUUUACCGAGUGGGUUACCGAAAUCGCCUACGUGACCCAGUGGGUUGACUCAACCUCCACCGUCUGGGUUAAUCCCGACGCCUCGUCCACCAGCUCUGCUGUCCCUACCACCUCGGCUCCCGCCCAGUUCUUUGAGCCCGCCAACGAACCGCCUUCUACCACUCUGUCUACUUCUACGAAGCCCGCCCCCGUCGCUUCGUCCAUCAGUGAGCCCGUGUCGCAGGCUCCCCUUCCCCCACCUCCCACGUCUACUCCGGCCCCCGUGCCCUCUCCUCAGACCCCGACUCCUGAGCCCGUUCAGCCCUCCAUUCCCGUCUACGUUGCUCCCGAGCCGGUCCCUACCACCCCUAUUCCUGCGCCCGCUCCUCAACCCGCCACUCCUGCGCCCGCUCCUCAGCCCACCACUCAGGCUGCUGCUCCUGCUGCUCCUGCUGCCUCCCAAGUCAGCAGUGAGUCCAGCUUCUCCAGCAGCUCUGACGGCGUGCUUCACUCCGGUGACUUGACCUACUACACCGUGGGCAUGGGUGCUUGCGGUGAGGACGAUAGUGGCAAGGACAUGACCGAGAACAUCGUUGCCAUCUCCCACCUCGUCAUGGGCGCCCAGUCCAAUGGCAACCCUUACUGCGGCAAGAAGAUCAAGAUCACCGUGGAUGGCAAAUCCACCACCGCUACUGUCCGCGAUAAAUGCAUGGGCUGCAAGGCGGAUGACAUCGACGUCAGUGAGAAGUGCUUCCUCGAGGUGUUCGACAGCCUCGGCGUCGGCCGUAAGACCGUGGAGUGGUCUUUCAUCAACUAA